AUGGCCACGUUUCCGACUUCAGCUAUGCCGCCGUCACACUAUCCGUCACACAUCAAAUUCACUUGGAACAGCGAGGCCGAAUUCCAGGCGGAUCUUGAGCGACUCUGGGCCAGUGGGGAACUUGAUGAUCUUUGGUACCUCAUCCAGAACCUGGGGUACGAAAAUAGAGUCCAAAUAUUCCCCCGGUACCGCAAUAAUAAUCCGCGUCCCGCUCAGCGCGUUUGCCAAGGCGGUAAUGACUGCUUCAAGAGGCCUGGUCCUGAAGGCGCGGGUAGAAUGUCUGACCUUGACCCUUGGUUUUACCUUGGCUCUACACCUGUCUCGAUAUACGAUUACCGCUUGCCAUUGCCGAUCGGUCGCUCGGUUACUAUGUCAUGUGCCUGCCCUCCGGAAAGAUCCCCAGCUGGAGAAAUAGUACACGGACGAAGACAACACGGUCGACUUUGCAACGCGAAUGCAGGUCUGAACGGUUGGUACGUCGCGAGCCUUGAUCCGAUCUGGGUCAGCCAGUGCGGAGACACCUCUGGACAUUGGUACGCUGCCCCAGCACCAUAUCGGAGAGGCGCAGCGGGCGUCAAGGGACUGUACGGCUGCACGGCUAUCAUCAUCGUGUCCGAGGUAGGGGCUUAUAUCGCGCACAUCUGGGAGAGCCCUGCGUUUGUGUACCUAAACCACAAGAGGAAGACAACGGAAGAGAUCGAGAACGGCACUUGGAGAGCUCUCCGUGAUGGCACAGAACGAGGCUGUGUCUUGAGCAUCACCAAGCUCGUAGGCACAAACGAAUUCCCCGGCCCGCUACACCAUACCAGAAAACCACGAGUAACUAUUGUCACGCCUUGGAAAAUGAACAGUGAAGGCGAGAAAAGACGUGAAAUGCGGCAUAAAGAUCCUCUACAGGUUCUUAGGAAAGGACUCGAGUCUUUCUUUGGCCGUUGGAUCAUGGUAGUUGGCUAUCACGGGAUCGAUCAAAUCAGGUCAACUGAAGUCGGCUUCCUCGGCCGCGCUAUCGUCGAGUUCGAUAUGGCGAAGCAGGGUGUUCACGUGGAUCAGAACGGCGAGCACUGGCCCAGGCAUAAAGGUCGUUGGAGGGUGUGGGUGGAGGAUAGCGUCGUUGCACUUCACGAAUUCGACCUCAACCCUCUUUUGCAUAAAUACUCCGAGCCCAACCCGCAAUAUCAGGCGGAAUUCGCACGCUUUUGUUGGUGUAGAUUGCAGCCACAACUUCAUCCACAGCAUUAUGAGUGGUUUGAACAAAUCCGAGUCUCUCAACAACCGCCGAAAGACGAUACGAACGGGGAUGCAAAGGAGGACAAGGGACGUUGUGCGGUUUCAUGA